AUGACCAAAGAUCAAAUUGACGACAUUCGCAUCACAGGCUACAAUUCUCUUUUGACACCAUCGUAUGUCAAGGAGGAAUUCCAAAUAUCUGCCUCAUCAAGAAAGACCGUGCUUGAAGCAAGACAAGAUAUAGCAAAUAUCAUCCAGAAAAAGGACGACAGAGUGUUUGUCAUUGUGGGUCCUUGCUCUAUCCAUGACACCAUUGCUGCAAAAGAGUAUGCCAGACUACUGUUAACUGCCAAAGAAAAGCACAAAAACGAGCUUGUCAUUGUCAUGCGUGCUUAUUUCGAAAAGCCAAGAACAACGGUAGGCUGGAAAGGCUUGAUCAAUGACCCUGACAUCAACGAAAGCUUUGACAUCAAUAAAGGUCUUCGUAUUGGUCGUGGUCUCUUGAACGAUAUCACCAAUAUGGGCAUGCCAGUAUCCGUCGAACUGCUUGACACCAUCUCGCCUCAAUACAUGGCUGAUUUGAUCUCUUGGGGUGCCAUUGGUGCUCGUACGACUGAAUCGCAACUACACCGAGAACUUGCCAGUGGCGUGUCCUUCCCUGUUGGAUUUAAGAAUGGCACGGAUGGUAAUCUGACGGUAGCUAUUGACGGUAUCGGUGCUGCUGCUGCUCCUCAUCACUUUUUGGGCCUCAACAGUGCUGGCGUAGUCUGUAUCACGCAUACUACUGGUAAUCAAGAUUGUCAUGUUAUUCUGCGAGGUGGUAAAACGGGCCCAAAUUAUGACGCAGAGCAUGUACAAAAGACCAAGGCGUUGUUGACAAAGGCCGGUUUACCUACUUCAAUUAUGGUGGAUUGCUCUCACGGUAAUUCCAACAAGGAUCACAAAAACCAGCCCAAAGUAGCGCAGUGUAUUGCGGAUCAGAUUGCUCAAGGAGACGAUGGACUUGUAGGCAUUAUGAUCGAAUCUCAUUUGAAUGAAGGCAAGCAAAGUGUCCCUGAAGACGGCCCGUGCGCUUUGAAAUAUGGUGUAUCCAUCACUGAUGCUUGCAUCGAUUGGAAAGAAACCGAAACCGUAUUGCGUAAUCUUGCCUCGGCUGUUAAGCUUAGAAGAGAGCAUGCUUGUGCCAAAUAA